GGUCAAAGCGGAACCAUGGUGACAGAGUCUUGUUUCUUCCGUACCGCCGAGACUCACGGCUCCGUCUCCUGUGUGUCACCUUUAUUUCAGUCCGUCAAAUGCCAACAACAACACGUUUCUGGAUCUCCCGCUGUCCCGAUGUUCUCCACGUUAAAAGACAGAGUCGGGGAGGUUCUGUUACCGGGGGAUGAGUUCACCUGUGACACCGACGACACCAUCUCUCUGACGGAGCACGUGAAGCCGGAGAAGGUCGUGUGUGGUCCCGGUCUGAGGCGGAGCGGAGACCGGCUGGUGGUCUGUAAGAGCGGCGUCCUGAGACACAAACAGCCCAACGUGUUCUGGAUCGACUCCCAGCAGCGGAGGUAUGUUCCCGCCAAAGGUGAGACUGUCAUCGGAAUCGUCACCACCAAGUCAGGUGACGUCUUCAAGGUGGACUUUGGAGGAAGUGAACAGGCGUCUCUGUCCUACCUGGCGUUUGAGGGAGCCACCAAGAGGAACAGACCUAACGUCCAGGUGGGGGACCUGGUCUUUGCUCAGUUCAGUAUAGCCAAUAAGGACAUGGAGCCGGAGCUGGUCUGUAUCGACAGUUCGGGACGAGCCAAUGGUCUGGGGGUGUUCGGAGGAGGAGGUCUGCUGUUCAGAGUCUCUCUGGGACUCGUCAGAAGACUGCUGGCCCCUCACAGUGAGGUCCGGUCUGACCUGGAGCAGCUGUUCCCCUGUGAGCUGGUGGUCGGGAUGAACGGUCGUCUGUGGGUCAGAUCCUCCAGUGUCCAGCAGACCCUGAUCAUCGCAAACCUGCUGCAGAGCUGUGACACCAUGACGGCCCCGCAGAGACGGGAGCUGUUCAGGAGGGUCAAACAGGGGGUGCUGUAGACCGCAUCAGACCACAUCAGACCACAACAGACCACGUCAGACCAGACCCAGAGACUCUGGUCCUGUGGAUUAGGUGGUGUAACGUCUCACCUGGCUGCAGUGAUGUCACAGCUGGGUGUGGUCACAGGUGCUGCUGGUUAAAGGCACAGUCCAGUUUUCACAGGUGAAAACAAUGAACUGAUGAAUGUUUUAAUAUUUGUAAUAAAACUGUUUGGUGACUCUUG